AUGUAUCAAAAGGAUAUUCCGUGGAUCGCCAUGAGCUACCCCGAAGCGGGCUACCCCCUCGAGUAUAUCCCGGAUAACUUUCACAUAGUUGGUCCUCUAGUGCUCGAUGCGGCGCCAGCUGAGACGCAGAGCGCUGAGCUGACGGGCUGGAUCAAGCAGGCGCCGACGAUCCUCGUGAACCUGGGCAGCGCGUUCCGAUAUGAGGAGCCGAGGGCUGUCGUCAUGGCUGAAGCGAUUGCCGCCGUGCUGGAUGCCACGGAUGUAGCCGGAAUCCCGAGCGUCGUGCUCCCGCUAUGGGCGGACCGUUACAAUUACGCACAAACGGCAGAAUAUUUUGGCGUCGGCAUUUGGCCCAACAAGAAGACGGCGCCGGGCUGGGAGGCUGCGGCCUUGACCGAGACCUUCCUGGAGGCGUUGAGCGGCAACACGAGCGUGACGAUGCGUCAGAAUGCCAAGGCUAUUGCAUUCAAGGGACACGAAUAUGGGGGCCGAAAACUGGCAGCUCAACUGGUUGCUGAGUUGGCGGCAGGUGGAAAAUGA